UGACUGGUGUUCAAUAACUGACGCUAAUUAUACACAUUCGUUUAUCAACAGUGAAAACCAUAAUGUAUAUGAAUGGCCUGAUGUUUGUUGACAUUUACAGAACAGCUUGUUGAUCAACAUUUAGAUGUUUUCUAUUCGUUUGAUCGCACGAACUCUUAUUUUGAAAGCUCUAGAAUAGUCAGAAAAACAUACUGUCCUUCCUGUACUGAAAUGAUUGGCAUGACUGCUCUAACGUACCUGAUCCUGGCGCUGUUGAGUGCCCUGCUGUAUAUCUUCUUGGUUCACCCUGUGAUCUUCAUACAUCUGUACUUCAGAUUUUCAGUGUAUUGGAGUGGCCUCAAAUUGAAGUAUGUGAAAGUAGAUGGGCUGACAAUCUGCUAUGGAGAGAAAGGUCGCAAGAGGGAGGGUCAGCCUACCAUGGUGCUCUUACACGGCUUCAGUGCUUGCAAGUUCAUGUGGGCACCACUAGUCAGGAACCUGUCCCACGACUGUCAUGUGAUCGCAGUCGACCUGCCAGGUCAUGGGGACAGCGACACACCCUCGGAGGAUGAGGAUAUCUCACACAGGAACACAGUCAAGAAAAUGAACCAGAUCUUAUGCCAGCUGGGUGUGACAAGUGAGCCCAUUCAUCUGGUGGGCAUGUCUAUGGGCGGGGCCCUGGCUGGGCUGUACGCUGCUGAGUACCCUGGGGAUGUGCACUCCCUCACACUGAUCUGUCCUGCAAUGCGCACCCCAAACGAGAGCCCGUUCUGGGAGGAGAUUCACCGGGCACUCGAGGCAGGGGUCUCUGAGCUCCACCUCCACUGCAGCCUGCUGUUCCCACAGUCCAGCUGCCAGGUGCGCACUAUGCUGGACUUUGUGCAGCACCAUAGCGCCUGGGUUCCCAGACAGAUUCUUCAAGGAGUGGUGGAUUUUAGAAGACGUUAUUACCCAUUCUAUGCCAGAUUGUUCAACAUGCUAACACAGCCUGAGAAUCACCACCUGCUACGUGACUGUGCAGAUCGCAUACAGGCACCCACACAGCUUAUCUGGGGAGAACAGGACAAGGUGAUAGAUGCAUCUGGUGCAGCAGUACUUAAAGACCGGCUCCCACACUGUGUGCAGGUUGACAUGAUACCCAGGUGUGGUCACUCCAUGAGCACAGACAGGCCCGGAGCCAUGACCAAGGCAAUACUAACCUUCAGGAACAGACUGCAGCAGGGUACCAGAUAACUACACUUGGGGAGUAGCUGCUAGAACUCAGGGAUAUUUUGUUAUAAGUUAGAUAAGAAGGUGGACCCAAAUUUUAUUCCUUUAAUAGUUAUCCAGUUUAUAGUUGUUAUAAAUCAGGGACAUAUUGUUAAAAUUGAUACAUGGUUUAACACAAUUGUACAUAAUCUAUUUCAUACAGUUCUUUUAAGCAAGACCUGUUUUUAAAAACUUGUUAUUUUAGGAAGAAGCUACAAUGUUUUCAUGCUGUUUGUUUUAUUGUUUGAUAUUUUAUACAUGAUAUGAAAUUAAAACAUGGUAUAUGUUUUAGAAUUCUUAGACAUUUAUAGGGCCCUCACCCCCCCUUGAAGCAGCAGGCUAUUUUGCUUUGCACCUGUUAGUCAAUAGGUGGGAUGGUCAAUUGGAUGAGGGGCCCAAAGACACUUUGGUUUCUGCAUGACAUAACAAGAACACUCACACCUACCAUCUGUCAAAUGUGUAGGUUGGUUGCUUAGUAGGAAAGGAAGACACCUUUCUAAUUUGAUGCAAACAGGUCAUGGUCACAAGGGCUUGUAACAUACCUAAAUUGCUACUAUAGUCAUUUCAUGCUGUGUAAAUACCCAUAAAGUCACCACUAAAGAAUUAAAAUUGUGAUAAAAAUCAUCUGGACUUAAAAAAACACACUUUUCAUGCCAGUUUUACUUGGUGUUCACUGAUCAACACAAUUAGUGGCAAGAUUUUGUAUUUCUUCUGAUACUGUAAGUCCUCCGGCAUGAUUUACGUACUUAAUCACCCAUAGACAAUAAACUCUUGGACAUAAUCUCAUCCCCAUGAACAGAUUGGUUUCUAAAGUCACAGACAUUAUGAUAAAAUAUUAAAUCAGUAUAUUUCAUCUCAAUUCUUCAUCAUUAUAUUUUGUCUAGUCUUAUAUUUUGAGCCAAUAGAGGGAGGUGGGCAGUACUGGGGUAUUUGUUCUCGGGGGGGAAUAAGUCUGUGGAAAAUUAUGUCUUAAAUGUUUUUGUUUUUUUUGUUUGGAUUUUUUUUUUGGGGGGGGGGGGGCCUGUUUUAAAAACAUCUCUUGUUCUUUGUGGUUGCUUUUCAUAGUUGUUAGUUUUAAAGCUUAUUGUUUUAAUAGUGCUGUUGUAUAUUGCAUUUUACAUUAAAGGUUCCAAAGACAAUUUUAAAAGCAGAAAUGGAACAUUUAUUUUAUGUUGUUCACAAACACGUAUGUAUUGCAGCUUUGUUUGCACUAGCAGAUAAGGAGGUAUUUCCAUAACCUUGGGAUACUUAUAUUAUUUCGGUGUCUGUAUGUUAAAUUUUUUAUUUAUAUGAUUUCCUUUGCAAACAUACUCACAUGAUGUUCAAUUUAUUGUAGCCUAGAAGCCACUUUUUUAUUAUAAAUUAUUUCAUAUCAUAAAAUGCAGAAGUGGUUUUUGUAUAAUAUUUUUUUUUAUUAACCAAUUAGUAUUCUAAUUUUGUAAAGACAUUUGCUGAUUUGCUAACAAACCAAGCUUUAACUGUAAUGCUGUUUCAUUUGAUUUAAGGGUAUUCUAAUUGAGAUCUGAUGUUCUUAUUUUUUAAUGUUAAUUUGGUGUCACUUUUUUAAAGGCAUAUUGACUUAACAGUGAAUGAUUCUCUUUGAAUGCAUUAUUUGUACGUACACAAGUGUGUUUCCUUUAAUGAUUUUAUUUGAAUGUGUUCAGCACUACAUUCUUAUGUUUGAUUCGAAGUAUCUAAGUUGAAUAUUCAAGUAAAAAUGCAAACAAACAUAAAAACAUGUUUUAUUAUCAAACAAAAAGUAAAGCAGCCAAAAAACUUAUGAUUCUGUGAAUUCCUAUUUAAAAAUUCCAUUUUGGAAGUAAUAUUUCUCAACCCCAUAAUUUGCAAUAAUACUUUUGCAGUUAUGGACCGGAGACUCCUGACUCUGCAGUGUCAGUUACCUAUUGUUAUGGCAUUGUAUGUUUUUGCAGUCCAAUGAUUGGAACUUACACCAUAAAUCAAAUCAUCAACAAGGGCUGUUUGUAAAACAUGCAUGCCCCCCAUAUGGGCUGUCCGUUGUACUGGCAGCCAUUGUGUGAAUACGUUUUUUGUCACUGUGACCUUGACUUUGACCUAGUGACCUGAAAAUCAAUAGGGGUAAUCUGUGAGUCACGAUCAAUGUACCUAUGAAGUGUCAUGAUCCUAGGCAACCGGGUUCUUGAGUUAUCAUCCGAAAAUCAUUUUACUAUUUCGGGUCACCUUGACCUUUGACCUUGUGACCUCAAAAUCAAUAGGGGUCAUCUGCGAGUCAUGAUCAAUCUAGCUAUGAAGUUUCAUGAUCCUAGGCAUAUGCGUUCUUGAAUUAUCAUCCGAAAAUCAUUUUACUAUUUUGGGUCACCGUGACUUUGACCUAGUAACCUCAAAAUCAAUAGGGGUCAUCUGCCAGUCAUGAUCAAUCUACCCAUGAAGUUUCACGAUCCUAGGCGUAUGCGUUCUUGAGUUAUCAUCCGGAAACCAUUUUACUAUUUUGGGUCACCGUGACCUUGACCUUUGACCUAGUGACCUCAAAAUCAAUAGGGGUCAUCUGCAAGUCCUGAUCAAUCUACCCAUGAAGUUUCAUGAUCCUAGGCGUAUGCGUUCUUGAGUUAUCAUCUGGAAACCAUUUUACUAUUUCGGGUCACCGUGACCUUGACCUUUGACCUAGUGACCUCAAAAUCAAUAGGGGUCAUCUGCAAGUCAUGAUCAAUGUACCUAUAAAGUUUCAUGAUCCUAGGCCUAAGCGUUCUUGAGUUAUCGUCUGACAACCACCUGGUGGACGGACGGACCGACCUACCGACAGACAGACCGACAUGAGCAAAGCAAUAUACCCCCUCUUCUUCGAAGGGGGGCAUAAUAAUUAAGAUGAUCCCAACAUGAAUGAAACUUGAAAUUUAAUUUUUUAAAUUGUGGUUGUAUAUGUAUCAGCAUAAAACAAUAUAUAAAACAAAUAAAAUUAUGAUUGAAAGCUCAUGAUCAUAAUUAUUGUUUCUUUUCUGUCAGGGCUUACUCUGCCAUUUGCCUUAUUAGCCAAUGGCUACAAAUUGUACCUAUUUAGCUAAAGAAUAUUCUAUUUUGCUACAAGUUUUUCUUCAUUAAAACUUAAAAAUAGCCAAAAGUAGCAGAUUUUUGCCAUAGAAAGGCGAAUUUGGCUAAAGAAAUUUUAGAUCCAGGGGAAGCCCUGUCUGUUUUGUAUGUAAAUUAAAGGGACAUCUUCAAAGUUUUGCCAAUUUUCCAUAAUGCUGCCACACAUAUUAAACAGAUAAUGCUUUGGGUAUACAUGUACUGAAGGGAAAUAAGCUUACUUAAUUUGAAAUAUUUAAAAAUAAGUAUUUUAAAUAUAUUAAAAGAGUCCAGGAAAAUAUUUUAAUAAACUAUUUCCUUAACAACAUAUUUGUGUUUGUGAGUCCAUAUGCUUCACUUUGCAAUAAAGAUAAUUUACAUGUUAGUGCUUUUGGAAAAAAAAAUAAAAUCUUGACAUCUCUUUUUGCUGUUGUUUUUUAAACAUGUUUAGUUGUAGUUAUAGAGAUGAGAUUUGCUCAAAGGGCAGUUAUGCUAAUUUCUGUAAAAUGUUGUAAAAUUACUUUAUGUGAUAUGUAUUUUCACAACAGUAUCACUGAAGGUUAUUAAAGGUAACACUUGUUGGAAAGAAUGAAGCUGUGUGCAAUAUUGUGUGGAAUCGCGCUGAUCUAUGAUUUAAUCUUUGUGAUUUAUAUUUAUGUAUGUGUUUAAUUGUUAUUUUUUAAUAAUUGCUUGUUUCUGAGUAAAGGAGAUGUACUGGAAUCACCAUGGACUGUUUAUGUGUAGACCAAAACUUGCAAUGUGGUUAUCUCAUAUACUGUUCUACAGAUAACAUUCAUACUUGCAGGAAUUGAUCUGCAUAAAAUAAUUUUCUUUUAUUGAAAUACCACUUAAUAUUACAAAACUUAUUCCCCCUUUUCAUUUUGAAAUUCUAUAACUUUAUUACUUUUAUUUUUAUAUUUAAAUGUUGUCCAUAGAAAACAAACACAGAUGUCAACCUCAAACUUGAUAAGAAAGUUGAGAUUAGUUGGUGGAAGUGCAAUGUACAAGAAAUAUAUCUCUUGCUCUCAUAUUGUUUAGUUAUUGCUCUUUGUAUGUUUCUGUAUUAAAGUUUUCUUGAGAGCAUAUCUUGAAAAUAUAAGAGGUUAUCAACCCGAAACUUGACAAGAUAUAUCUUAAUGACACGAUGUGAAAUUCUUUAGAGUCAUAUCUCUUGAUUCCAUAUUUGUAGAGUCAUUAACUUGUAUCAGUUUUUGUACUUAAAUGAUGUCCAGAGAAUGUCUUGAAAAUUGUAAAAGGUAUCAACUUGGAACUUUAUACGUUGGUAGAUCUCGAUGAUGGAAAGUGCAGUGCAUUACAACCAUUACACAUGCUUUCAUAAUUCACAGUUAUUGUCCUUGUGAAUAUUUGUGCUGAAAUUUUUUCCAGGGCAUAUCUAUACUAUUAUAUAAAUUAUCAAGAUGACACUUCAUAGGUGGGCAGAUUACUUUGUUGGCAAACCAGUGUUAAAACUGAACCGCAAAUGCCUUUUUACUAAUUUCAGGCUUAACAGUGACUUUUCCAUUUAAAUUUGUGAUGAUUUUUUUAUAUAUAAUUUUACAAAAUUACAUCACCUUUGAAAAUUUCAAUUUACACUUUUAUACAACUUUUUAUUAAAAUAUUUUUUUGGUUAUUAUUUAUUUAUUUUUCAAUGAUACCUAGAAAUAAUGUCCAUCAUAAUUAAUUUUACUCCUUGUAUUUGAAAUUUUUUACUCGUCAAUUUUGUUUAACAUGUUUCUUUAUGGAAAGUGUUUAUGGUCAUUUAAAUAAAGUAACUCUUAUAUGGGUAAAUUCAGUUUUGGAUUGUAUACUGAAUCAAUUUUAUAAAGGUACAUUUAAUUAAAUGUUAUUUUGUGGUGAAAUAGACACUGUAUAUAGGUAUCGUGCCUUAUUUGACUGUUUUAUGUUUUGUAAAUAAGUUUGAUUUGGAAAUUAACAAAAAACAAGUAGACGUUUUGACAUUUUGCUCAGUGUAAUUUUUAAAUGAAUAUUUUAUCAUAAAAGAAAGGCUUUCAUACCUACAAACUUAAACACUUUAUAACAUCUAUAGUGCAUAGAAAUUAUUUCUAACCCAGACAAUACUCCUCAGACAUAAAAUAGCCUUUCCUGCUUUUUGAAAUGCAAAGACAAAAACUUUUUUAUGGACCUUUUUAUUUUAAGUAAAAAGUUAGUGAUUGUGGUACUCUUUCAUGGACACCAUUACAGAUAGGUUAACCUUCUGGUGCCAAGGUCUAAUUAUUUUAAAGUUUGUUAAAGAUCAACAGUCUAUGUCGUUUAUUUAAUUGAGUCGCAUUGCUGUUUUUAAGGUAUCAAAGUUGUUAUAAAUAGUAAAAAUGUUGUUUAUUUCGCAAAUAUUUCAACUAAAAUGCUUGUAAUAUUUUUUACAAUUACAUAAUUGUCCAUUGUAUUUUUAUUUGAAAAAUUGAGCUUAAACUAAUCCUGUUAAAACAGGAAUAAGAACAUAAGGACCUGGAGAUUGUUGCUCAUCUAAAGUUCAAAUCUUGAACAUAAUUACAGUAUGAAGUUUUUGGAAUUAAGUUAACACAAGAAACAAAAUGGUUUUAUAGGAAGGGUAAGAUUUGAAUUGAUGUGUUUUCUGAUGCAGAAUGAAUAUUUGUUCUUCAUGUAGUUUUGUCGUAAUAUGUUUGUUAUUGUUGACAAGCCAGUAUUUCAAAAGAAUGUGUACUUUUAUUUUCAAUAUAAAAAGCACAUUUGUGAUAUAAUGACCAGUCAUUCAUUUAACUCAUUUUCAGGAUUUUAAAUAUAACAUGUUUGAGGUAAACUGUUCAGUCACUUGGAACAUUUUCAUCAUAUUGAUAUUGUUUUACAAUAAAAGUAUUUUGCAUUAA